AUGUCCAAUUUUAAAGAGGCGACUACUGAUCCGGAUAAAGAGGUGUCUUCAGACAACAAUAUGUCUGAAGAAUCAACCUUGGGUGAUAACGAAUCACUCACAUCAAGUAAUAUUUUAAGGGUUUCUCAUGACUUAUCAAAAUUAUUUAAUGCUAACGAAUAUUAUGAAAUUUUAACACUUAUUCCUUCCCUAAAUAAAUAUCUGAACUUACCCACUUCAGCUCGUAUUAUUAUAUCUCUCACAUUAUUCAAACUAGGAAGGGUGGGGCCUGCUUUGCGUGAAUUGUCUAUUACAAUAGAGAUUUCCACAAAUCAGUCUGAAAAAGAGAAAUUAAUAAAGUAUUUGGUCCAAAUAUUCAAAAAAUUAGGCCUGUUGGAAUUUGCUGUAUAUUCCUUUGAAGAACUUAUUGAUAUGGCCAAAUUGGAUCUUCUUAUCAGCAGUGAAAAUGAAGCUAAAGUACCUCGAAUUCAGGAACGAGUGAACAGAUAUGAAUCUGAAUUAAACAAAUAUCUAGACUGCUUUGGAAAAGGAGGGAUGGAAAUAAUAAAAACCAAAUUCACUCCAAUACAUGAGCAGGCCGAAGCAUACAUUAAAUUUGAUGGGAGAUUAAAUGAUUUUUCUUUAGGAAGGUGCUGCAUUGUUACUAAAAAGCUUGUGGAUGAAGCAGUUGAAGGUUUAAAUUUAUGGAAAUCAAAUUCGAAAAACUUUCAUACAUCUGAUCCAUUACAUAAGAUUUUUACUGCUCUAAAAUACUUGGGACCACUAUAUGUAUUCGAAGAGUUGAAGAACAAAGAGGAUAUGAUAAAUGAGUUCAUCAACUUUGAAAUAGAUCGACACCCAGAGAUUGACUAUUCUAUUGACCCAAAAACACUUGCAAAACAAUUGCAUAGAUGGAAUUACAAAAGCUCUUCAAGAACUCUAAUGUCACUAUGCGGACUAAUAAUCAAACAUCAAGUAGUUUUAGGAUUUCUAAAGUACUUGAAUGAGCAAUAUAAAGAGGCCACUAAUAUUUUUAAAUGGAUCCUAAAUUUUUUCGCAGCCUUGAAUAAAAAAUUUAAAUUCUUCACGAAUAAAAAUGAAUACUUGUCGUCGGUUACUAAACGUGUGAUCAGUAUUCUAUUCUGUCAAUGCUAUAAUAUAGGUGAAUUGGAUUGCAGCGAGCAAGAAUUAGGUUGUAUAUUAUCUACAUUGGUUGCAAUUGAUGACAUUAAUAUUACAACAGAAUACCUGAGUGGUAGACUUAGUGCUUAUUUCAUUUCCUGUGGUUUCAUAUAUGAGAGACUAUCAGUAAUAACUGGUACAAAUGUAAUGGUAGAGAAUGACCAGCAAAUAGUAAUUACUACUUGCUAUCGUUAUGACAAAUCAUAUUUGGGAGAACUGAUAAGAAAAUAUUUAAUUGCUGCAACUUUAAAAGCUCACGAUGACCCUAGCUUUAUAAUUCUUUACGACAGAUUUAUAUGGGGAAUGUUAUUAUAUGGCGGUAUUCAUUUGAAGACGUUCUGGUUCUUCGUACAGUUGAGAAAUUACUUCAUAAUAGAAUAUGAUUAUGGUCCUUUGAAUCUUUCAAAGGAGCAAAAAUACAAAACUUUUGCAGACGAUAAUUUAAUGCAAACCUAUAUCAAUGGGUGGGAAGUAGUAUACAAAAUACACGCAUUGUGGGACUCUUUGCAUGAAGAAGAAAAGGAGAAUGUUUGGGAUAUUAAUAAUGGAAAUACAUUUUUAAUUCCUCAAAUUUUUGAUAACGUCGAUAAACUAGUCCUUGUUGAUCUGUUCUACGAUGAAAACUCGUCAUAUAAUGGAAAGCGGUUUGUAUUUAUCUCUGAUUAUCAAAUCAAACAUAAACUAAAGGGACACAUCAAGCUUCCUGGAAACAUAAUUCAAGAACAUCUUGAGUUUAGUAAAGAAUUAAUUUACUUAUGGAGCGAUUCGUUCAUUAGAUAUCAUGGGAAAAUGCCAGAUUUCAUUUUGAAAUUAGUAGAAGAUUUCGAAUGA